AUGAGUUCCAAUAACCAGCAUGCGACUCCCUCUAUCCACGACAGUGCUAGCACAAAUACUGCGCAGUCAGAUAUUUCAACGCCAGCCAUGAGCGAUCAAGUGAAUGAUGACCUUGAGAAGGGUGUUCACACAGCCGACCCCGUCGGUUCAGAGAAAAAUCAUGCCAAUGCAGAGCCUUUACCGGAGAAGAGUGAGGUUGACGUUCCAGCACCUGCGGGUCCUCCAGGCCCCGGCCCUCCACCAGAUGGAGGAGUCGCGGCAUGGAUGACAGUGUUGGGAGCUUUUUGCGGCUUGUUCGUCAGUUUUGGCUGGAUCAACUGCAUCGGUGUCUUCCAGACGUACUACGAGAGCCAUCAACUCAGCAACAUGUCCACCAGUACCGUGACAUGGAUCACUUCAUUGGAGACAUUCGUCAUGUUCUUUGCUGGCCCCGUAUUCGGCACCCUCUUCGAUAACUAUGGCCCCCGAUACAUCCUCCUCGGCGGCACAUUCCUCCACGUCUUCGGCCUCAUGAUGGCCUCCCUCUCAACGGAGUACUACCAAUUCAUCCUCGCCCAAGGAAUCUGCAGUCCCCUCGGCGCAAGCGCCGUAUUCAACGCCAGCGUAAACUCAGUCAGCACAUGGUUCGCCAAACGUCGCGCCUUCGCACUAGGCAUCACAGCCUCCGGAUCAAGCCUUGGAGGUGUCAUUUUCCCCAUCAUGGUGACGAAUCUCAUUCCGAAGGUCGGUUUCCCAUGGGCAAUGCGCAUCUGCGCCUUUUUGAUUCUGGCUAUGCUGGGCGUUUCCAAUCUUACCCUCAAGUCGAGGCUGAAGCAUACGAAGAAACCGUUUGCUUUUAUGAAUUUUGUCCGUCCGCUGAAGGAUAAAAAAUUCGUCAUUACGACUGCUGCGUGCUUCUGUUUCUUCUGGGGGAUGUUUUUGCCAUUUACGUUUGUUAUCACGCAGGCGCAGCGAUAUGGCAUGUCGCAGCAUUUGUCGCAGUAUCUCAUUCCGAUCUUAAAUGCGGCUAGUAUCUUUGGCCGUACAGUCCCGGGUUACCUGGCAGACCGCGUCGGCCGAUACAACGUGAUGAUCAUCUUCAGCUAUCUCUCCGCCAUCCUCGUCCUAGCCCUAUGGCUUCCAUCACGCAGCAACGCCCCAGCCAUCGUCUUCAGUGCCAUGUACGGCUUUGGAUCCGGCGCUUUCGUCUCCCUUGCCCCAGCACUCAUCGCCCAAAUUUCUGAUUUACGUGAGGUCGGUGUCCGCAAUGGCACGUGUUUCUCGAUCAUUUCCUUCGCUGCGCUUACUGGCACCCCGAUUGGCGGUGCCCUCGUUCCUGAUGUUUUGACCGGCUCGUACAUGAGGCUACAGGUCUUUUGCGGUGUAGUUAUGCUUGCGGGGGCGACACUGUUCGUUGUCGCUAGGAUUGUUGUUGGUGGUGUGAAGUUGGGGAAGGUGUAA